CAUCACAUUCUAUCUGUUGAAUUUACACUAAUAUAUAUUUUUCAUUUGCCCAACUUGUAAAUACUAUACAUGUCUUCCUCUACACCCAUAAAGAACGACAUCACGCAAGAGUCGCAAAAGCUGCUCCACGCCGCAGCACUUAACAUUGUGGCGCUAAUCGACCACGUGCACAAAUACGAAGGAACAGAAAGCACCAGCGCUGGAUUCUCCGGCGCCAACCUUAAAAGAUCAAUCAACGAACUCGCCGACGCCAUUGACAAAGAAGUCACCCGUUUCCUGAUCGCCUGCAAGCCGCCGGCGCUCGAAGUCGAGAUCCGCGCGCUAACCCCGAAGAUCCUCGCAGGCUUCUUCCAGCUCGUUCAGCAUUUCGACCGGAUUCCAAAACUCGCAGGUAAAACCUACCUUGACGCCGUGCGCAAGGCGAUUUGCCGGUCGCUUGUGGCCAUUGCUAUGGUGUUUAAUUCGUUUAUUGAGGAGCCAGUGGAGGUAGAUAAGGCAGUGGUGGCGGAGAUGUCAUAUAUGGCGUCGUCGGGGAUCUUCUGGGAGCACUGCAGGGCACUGGCACAGAUUCCCACGGAUAACCGGACGGCGGUCGUGGCGGUAUGGGCGGAGUCCGUUGGGAGCCUGGUGAAGGACGCGGCAGAGGAGCUAAGCGAAUCCCUGCAGGAGGCCGAGGCCGUGGAUUCGAAGGACUCAAAGGAUAGCGAGUACUCGGACGAUAGCAUGGAUGACUUCGACCCAGAGAUCCCCACGCACAGGGCUGCAGAAGGCCGGAAAAUCCAGAAGCUGGUUAAUGUGGCCAAACACACGUGCGAUAAGAUUGCACUGAGAUGUAUCCGGGAUUGCGCCCAGCUGGAUGAUGAGCGCACAGUGUGGCUGGAUAGGCUAUUGGAUUUGGGAAGGCCGGUUCAGAGCUCGGUUGAUGAGCUUGUGGCGACUUUGUUUGCCGAUGAGGACGUGUGGAUGGCGCAAGUUGGAGUGGAGAAGGAGGCAUUAACGCGCGCUUUGGGCGAACUGGUCACUUUGGCUAUUACCUUUGUGGAUGACUCGCAUCUACCUUGGUUUGAACUUUGCCGGAAACAGUUGGAUGCUGCAAAGCAUACCUCCAAUGUUGUUCGCUAGACCUUCCCUUUUUUGUUUACGGCGCAGAAAGUAAUGCAUAUUAGAAACUAGUCUGUGUUUAAUUGAUUCGACUCGAACUGCUUCAUGCAUG